AUGUCGACACAACCAACGACAGUUCAAGACCUCAAGAAGCUCGCAAACAACACUGGGGCACAAUGGUGGCGCGACCGGAGUCUGCGUAAGCUGAACUGUUUUAUCGCCGUCAUCUGGCUGGCACAGGUGGUGAGCGGGUUUGAUGGCUCGUUGCUGGGAAGUCUCAUUGCCAUGGCAUCGUUCAAGCGAGAUAUGGGCCACCCCAAUUCAGCCCGGGUCGGCGUGCUUCAGGGUAUGUCUCACGCCGGAUCACUCUUCGGCGGCUGGCCAGGUUCCUUCAUUGCCGAUCGAUGGGGUCGCAAGUGGGCAAUGGCCUUCGGUUGCUGCAUCGAAAUCGUCGGAGUCAUCAUAUCGACGGCCGGUACCAACUUCAAUUGCUUCAUCGCCGGCCGUUUCUUCCUGGGACUGGGGUUGAAUGUGACCCUCAGUAUUGGACCUUCCUGGGCCUCCGAGUUGGCUCACCCUCGACAACGUGGAGUCAUCUCGUCAUGCUACAACGUCCUGUGGUAUGUCGGAGCAAUCUUAGCAGCUUGGAUUUCCUUCGGAACAGCUCAUUUGACCAACACCUGGGCCUGGAGGAUUCCUUCAAUCAUACAAGCGGCGCCUCCAUUCAUAAUCCUAUGCUUCAUCUUCUGGCUUCCUGAAUCGCCCCGAUUCCUCCUUCACAAGGACCGCACCAAUGAAGCACGUAUUAUGUUAGCAAGACUGCAUGCCAACGGAAACAUACAAGACGAACUCGUCGAGUUUGAGGUUACCGAGAUUUCGAUGACCCUCAGGAUGGAGGCCGAGGCUAACGCGAAAGGAUGGAAUGUCCUGUGGUCUACGCGCGCAAACCUAAAGCGUACCUUGAUUGCUUGCAGCUUGCCUCUAAUCACAAAUUGGUGCGGUCAGAGUGUCAUAUCCUAUUACUACUCGGUCGUUCUCACCCAGGUCGGAAUCACGACCACAACCCAGCAGACCGGCAUCAACGGCGGGCUUCAGAUUUUCAAUUUCUUGUGCUCCAUCUCUGGCAUUUUCAUGGCCGAGCGGUUUGGACGUCGCACCAUGUGGCUCCUCUCGUUCGGCCUCAUGAUCAUCUGCAAUGUUCUCAUGAUCAUCCUCUCUUCAGUCUAUGCCGAGGGGAUCAGUUCGGAUGCAGGUUACGGGGUUGUCGUCGUCUUGUUCCUGUACGACGCUUCAUUCAAUAUUGCCUGCAACCCUCUGCUCUACUGCUACAUGGUCGAGAUCCUGCCGUACUACAUGCGGACAAAAGCUAGCGCUGUCGCCGUCACCUUCUCCGCACUCUUGCUUACAUUUAACGCGUUUGUCAACUCGAUUGCGCUGAAUGCUAUUGGUUGGAAAUACUACUUUGUCUAUCUUGGUCUGUUGUUUUGCUGGUUCGCAUUGAUUUACUUCUUCUUUCCCGAAACCAAGGGCCUCGUCCUCGAAGAUAUUGCAGUGCAGUUCGAGGGGGAUCGCGCGGCUACAGUGAAGGCAGGUAUCAAUCCCGACAUCUUCAUCGGAACGCACGCCCCACUCGAAGAAGAAAAGGAGCAGAAGGAUCCCUCAAAAGCCAUCACGACCGCAACUACCAUUGCUGUCUGA